AUGGCGGAAGGAUAUACAGCUGCAAUACGAGGAACUCAAAUACUAAAAUUUGAUUUUGAUGCUGCUGAUGACCUGGAGAUCCCUCAAUAUACAUUUGAUGAUAUAACAGUGCCUGGCGAACUGAUGAACACCACAGGCAUAGACAACUUGGAAGAAAUCUGUGGACAAGAUUCAAUCUCAUCAAUGAAUCCUGAUAUAUUCCUCAACAGUUCGAACAAUUCUUCCCUUAUUGGUAAAACAUCACCUUCCCGAAGUGUCGAGAGUGGUAUCGAAAGUAUGUGUAGCCCUCAUAGUGUGAUUGAGCUUGACAGCGAUUUCGAUGUUGAAAAUGUGUUCUCGCCAACGAGCAUUGACAUGGAUAACAAUGAUGAAACAAGUCUGGACUUGUUGACAUACCUGGCUAAUGAGACUGGUUUAUCUGUUGUUGAGAGUGAUCCUAAACCAGAACCACAAUCUGAGAGGAAAAUGGCAUUGCGACAACAUAAGAACAUUGGGAAAACUGUGUCUUCAGGCGGUAAAAUUAAACCUUUUGUAAUGCAAACAGUCAAAAUCAAGCCUUGUACAAAUACUCAGGCUCAACAUUCAAACACAAAGGCCCCACAAAAAUGUAUCCAGGCCAAGCGUUCUCCUACCUUUACUUGUGAAGAAGACGAUGAGAUAUAUCCAGAUCCAAGUCGUAAAAAUGCAAUCCAAGCAAAGAUCAACAGAGAGAAGAAAAAGUUGUAUGUUGCUACACUUGAGAAUGAUGUCACAAAUCUAAAGAAAGAAAAUGAGACACUGAAAGUUAAAUCUGUGAAAAUGGAGAAACAAAUGAAAAUAAUGCAGGAUGAGGUGACAUAUCUCCGGAAUGUGUUGGCAAAUCAGAGCACUCUCUCGGCCCUUUUGAAAAAUAUUCCUAAUGCAUCGGACGUUUCCCUCACAUCAUCUUUCAAGAGACGCUAUGAUGUUGAGAAUGAUCAUGGUUAUCAAAAACCAAAACAUGCGCGACAUAGUGAUGGAGGAGUGUGCCUUCAUGUUGAAAAUAACAAAGUGUCUCUGGAGUUUUGUUCGAAAUGUGCUAAGUUAGCCAACAAUGAGGAUAUAAUUGAAAUCUCCUGAAUAAUAAACAGUAAAUGCCUGGAAACAAGGUUGUAUCGUAGUACAGGACAGGGGCUCAAAUCUAUGGAUUUUUCCCUAAAGUGUGUAUAAAAAUAAAAAGCACAAAAUACUGAAAAUCCAAAAAUAACAAAACUGGUACAGACUGGAAAUGAAGCAGACACUAGGCUGGUGAUACCCAGUCAUUUCUUUCAGGGCAAGAGCUGUACAAUUCAUGCAAUCCUGAGAAACCAUUUCUACCCUGUGAUGAGACGUGACACCUGGGAUCCAUGGUCCAUUUCCUGGUUACGUUGACUGAGGCGUGUCUACCUUACCUGACUAUUUGAUGGACUGCGUCAAAUGUGCUAUGUGUUGGUAGCAUCUAGCGAACAUGUGAAUUGUGAAGCCUACUGUAUGUGUGGUGGUAUUGGUUUGAGUUGGUAGUAAAUACUGUUGUGAUUUUACUGAAGUGGUGUUUAAAUAAACCAUUUCAUGCCAUCUCAUGUAUCAUGUAUAGUAAUAUAGAAUAACAGUUGCAAUGUAAAAGACAACUUCAGUUGUCAAAUAACUGAAUUAACUCCAAGCUGAUGUGUAAAAAUGAUGAUAUGUGUUUUGGACUUACUACACACACAGACGAUAAAGGAACUGAACUAUAACCCAAUCUUAAGUUUUACUUUUAGGUAGUACCUGUAUCACUGGGGUUCAGAGAAAGAAGAUGUAGAUGAGAUGCCCCCCCCUCUAUUGAUCAGCAUAUUAAUCUUUUUUCUGGUAAGGUUUCUCUUAAUCUGUCAUACAUGUCAUAAUGUUAAUUCAGGAGUUAAACUUCUUCAAAUUUCAAUUCAGUCUAAAUGACAAUACUAAAUCAUGAAUGUGAAUAUUUGAGAAGUUGAUAGUUUUGAGAUAUUAUGACAUUAUGUGUGACCAAAACAACAGACUUGCCAACUUAUAAAAAUAUUCUGGAAUUUAAUCUAUAUUAUUUUCCAAAGUAUAAAUACUGUUCAUUUUGAUAAUUGUUGGGAUAUUCUUGUAUCAUAUGGGAUACCAUAAAAGAUUGGCAAGUCUGCAAUUUGAUAAAAGCAGAGGUACAUAGUCGAGAGUAUGACGUUUAAAUUUUAAAAACUCUGAAACAGUGCUAAAUGGAGUCACAUUUACUUGGACUCCAGAAGAGAAACACACAUUCAACAUAUUGUCUUGUAUUAUGCUAUGUAAAACAGGUUUAGUCUCUGGGACUUAUAAGUCUUUUUGGUUUAUUAGCUUUCACACAUGAACGAACUACAGGCUGAAAAGGUGAAAUAGGCCCUAUAAUGUUCUCGUGAGAAUUUACAUUAGAGUCACAGUUCGACAGUUGGUGAGUGUAAAACAGGUAGAUCAUUAAUAUUUGAAUUUUAUGUUAGUCUAUUAUUA